AUGGGUAGNUUGCCUCAUGUGCAUCUCAUCUCGGGUCAUAAAUACCCCUUCUCUCCGCAACUCAGCAUCGAUGGCGCAUACAGCUACCUCUUCGAUGCCCCCAAGGUUGUCAAGCAGGUUGCUCCCAUGUCAUGGCAGUAUAUCUCUGCUCCACAGGACGGCACCGUCUUCUUGACCUGGAUUGGCGGUCGCAUGCAGAACCAGUUCCCUACAGAUGGUUACGUCUGGGUUGACCCCGAACAGCGUUACACCCAAGACUUUGGAGGCUACAUUGCUUUCCACAACAACGGUUAUCGCCCUGGAGUCGACAAUGUGACUAGCCACUCACGCAGACGAUACCGCUUCAUGUCCAAGAACCCCAGUGUUCACGCUCUCCCUCCCGACCCAAGUCUCUGGCUCGUCCACUACAGCCAAGCCGAUCCCCAAAACUGUUUCCCAACUGCCCAAUUACCUCUGUCGCAUCAGUCGCGCCAGCAACUGGCUGAACGUCAGUGGAUCGAAUCUCAAGGCCGCCUGGACCGCCAGGACUUCAUGCUGCACGACCGUGAAAAGUGGCCUCAGCUCAGUAUGCCUGGUCGUGCUGCUGUACCUGGCGUGCCUGCGUAUAACCAGAGUAUGUAUCAGCAAAGCCCUAUGGCUCAUAUUGGCAACCCUCGCUUUUCUGGCAACUUCUACCAACAGGCCCAACAAGGACCUGCGGGCCCUUCGCCUGCUAAACGCGCGCGACAGCACCCACCUGCCCAUGUUCCUGCAUCGAACGCUGCCCUGAUGGCCCAGGACACCAGCAUUGAAGAUGAGGAGAAUGUCCUCCUUGGAGACUUGCUGGAUCAUUUGACUCAGCGUGAUAUCAGUCUGACUCGCUACAUGCAACACCACGACUGGAUGGACGAAGUCUACUCGUCGCCNUUUGCUACUGGCCAAAUCGUCCCUAUGGAUCUUGGUUUCGGCCUGAUGGGCGAGCUGGCCGGCCUUACCGAAGGCUUGUUUGACACCCCUAACUCAGCACUGGAGAAAGCCGAGCCCAAACCAAAGGACACGCCAGCUGCAUACAAGAAAGCCACAUCAGAGCAAUUGCAGGAGUUUGAGAAGCGAGUCCAGGCGCAUAAAGAGAAGGAACAGAAUGAGAUUGCGCGUAUGAAGGAGGAACAUGCCAGGAGAAUGGAUAGUCUACGCAAGAGCAAAAGUCUGGUCAAGGCCGAGAAGAAGUUGAGAAAUGCUACCUGGAAACCCUCAAGCUCAGGCAACGAGUUCUGGAGACUGGAAAAGACAAAUGACCACGACGCCAACCAGAUUGUCGAGCAGGUGGAAGAAUUGCUGGGUGGAUCUAUUCAAGCACAAAAGGAGGCCACCAUGAUCAGUGAAGGAGGAUACCGCAAAGAAGAAAAGAGAACACCGCCUGCCGAUGCUGAUAUGACUGGAACGCAGAUGGAUGGCGCAAGCCUUGACGCCGCUCAGUCUCUGCAAUCUGCUUCGGGUGCUGCUGCCGAGUCUGCUGCACAGACUGGACAGCCGCAACUGUCAACCCAACAAAUGCCUGCCGUUCCUCAAGCACACCAACAACCCCCACAAUCUGCCGUUCCUAGCGUGCCGGACACCAACAUGGAGAACUUAGAAACAAUGGACACUGGCAAUUUCUCACUACCAGAUGACAUGGAGCUCGACACAGGUCACUUUAACUUCGACACACCCAAGACCGAUGUCCAAACCCCAGGUACAUCAAACUGGCCUGGUCAACAAGCACCUUCUCAACCGCAACCACAACAAACCGCCAACACGCAACCGGACGCUACCAACUCGGCAAGUGGUGACCUUUAUGGCGCCGGUGGUGACGCAAACUUCGGCGAUUUUGACGCAGGAGAUGGUUUGAUUGAUUUCGAGGGUGGUGCAGGCGGAGACAUUGAUUUCAGUAUGGACAACUCGGCGUUUGGUGAUGCUUUCCAUGGCACGGAGACACACGGAGAUGAAGGUGCUGGUGAGGGACAGUAG